GAAACUCGAAGCCUCAGAAAACGAGGACAGGAAGUUUAAAGCCGAGCAUUCGACAGGAGAAGGACGCAGAGGUCUAUAGAUACUCAAGACAAAGCUGGCGUUCCCGGGCUCGGUGGAGGCUGGUUUGUGAUCGCCGACGAAGACCGCUUCUUCCGAUGGCGCCCACGCGGACCAAAAAAACCACUCCGGUCCUCGUCGGAACCCUGGAGCGCGGUAGAGGUUGUAGCUCGGCGCCCGGCAGAGGGCGUGCAUGCGUGUCGGUACUUCCGGCGCUGCGGGGCGGGACCGCGAGGACCAGCUAGCGGCUUCCGAGUGCUUUCCUGGAGCGUCUGGGUUCCACGGGCGGCGAUCCCCGCGAGGCUCGUGGGAUCCCCUCGCCGAGUCCUAAAUAGUCUAUCCCCGACCCUCCACCCCACCUCAGCCUGCACCGCUGGGGAGUUUCGGGUUAGGUAGACUUCCCUGCAGCUCCUGUGCUGUGAAGCCCCAGGAGCCCAAACUUUAAAAUACAGAGAAAAACGAUGAAGAAGUUAAAGCUUAAGGAACUAGAGAGUCGCCUGCAAGAAGUGGAUGGAUUCGAAAAGCCCAAGUUACUUCUAGAACAGUAUCCCACCAGGCCGCACAUUGCAGCAUGCAUGCUUUAUACAAUCCAUAAUACAUACGAUGACAUUGAAAACAAAGCAGUUGCAGAUCUAGGAUGUGGCUGUGGAGUGCUUAGCAUCGGAGCUGCUAUGCUAGGAGCAGGGUUGUGUGUUGGAUUUGACAUAGAUGAAGAUGCACUGGAAAUAUUUAAUAAGAAUGUGGAAGAGUUUGAGCUAACAAAUGUUGAUAUGAUUCAGUGUGAUGUGUACUCAUUAUCUAACAGAAUGUCCAAGUUAUUUGAUACAGUAAUUAUGAAUCCUCCCUUUGGGACAAAAAAUAAUAAAGGGACAGAUAUGGCUUUUCUGAAGACUGCUUUGGGGAUGGCAAGAACAGCAGUAUAUUCUUUACACAAGUCCUCAACUAGAGAACAUAUUCAAAAGAAAGCUGCUGAAUGGAAAGUCAAGAUAGAAAUUAUUGCAGAGCUUCGAUAUGAUCUACCAGCGUUAUACAACUUUCAUAAAAAGAAAUCUGUGGACAUCGAAGUGGACCUAAUUCGCUUUUCUUUUUAAAAGCUUCUGAAGACAAAAAGCAGCUUAAAAUCUAACUAAGGAAUAAAAACACUGCUUACUAAAUAAACUACUUGUCUCUAGCA